CCAUUGACCAACGUAACAAUCGUCAGUGCAAAACUUCAAUCAUCAUUGUAAGAUAAACAUGUCCAACACAAACUCCCCUCCACCACUCAACAUCCCCGCAUCCACCGCAACAGUCACCAUCUCCGCCAUCGACACAACGACCCUGCUGGACUCAAAUACCGCCUCGCUAACGUGGAACCCACCCAUCAAGGGUUUCGACCGAGCUGUCGCCGGAUCCUGGAGUUUCCUUAUCGAGCACCACGCUUCGGGGCGAAAGUUGCUAUAUGACCUCGGUCUGCGAACGGAUUGGGAGAAGCUGCCGCCCGCGUUGGGGUUGCAGGCGCUAAUGGACCAGGGGGUGGUGAAUGAGUUGAAGGCUACGAAGGGCGUGGCGGAGAUUUUAACUGAAGGGGGUGUGAGGUUGGAGGAGGUUGAGGCGGUUAUUUGGUCGCAUUGGCACUUCGACCACACAGGCGACAUGUCGACCUUCCCCUCCACCACCCGGCUCAUCGUCGGCCCGCAUUUCAAACAACAACUCCUCCCCGGCUACCCAUCCGACCUCAACGGCGUGGUAAUGGAAUCCGACUUCCACGGCCGCGAAAUCGACGAGUUGGACUUCACCCACCCCACCGCCAUCCGAGUCGGCCGCUUCAAAGCCCUCGAUUACUUCGGCGACGGCAGCUUCUACAUCCUCGACGCCCCCGGCCACGCCAUCGGACACGUACAUGCCCUCGCCCGCACACACGCCUCGCCCGACGCUGCUUUCGUUCACCUGGCUGCCGAUUCGAUUCAUCAUGUCGGCGAGAUCCGACCUUCGGAGUACUUGCCUCUGCCGGAUCCUAUUGUGCCUUCUCCCGUGCCUACAGUGCAUCCGUUCAGUUGUCCAGGGCAUUUCUUCUCUGCUAUUCUGAGAGAAGGAUCUCGGAAGAAGCCGAUUUUAGAGGGCCAGGAUCCGUUCAAGGAGUUGGGUGGUGAUUCGAGGUUGAGUUUGAUUUACGAUGAGCCGGCUUUACGGGAUACGAUUGAGAAGGAUGAAGAGUUUGAUGCGCACGAGGCUGUUUUCACUGUUAUUGCGCAUGAUUGGAGUUUGAAGGGGGUGAUUGAUGAGUGGCCCAAGCCUUUGAAUGCGUGGAGAGAGCAGGGGUGGAAGGAGAAGGGGACCUGGAAGUUUUUAGAGGAUUUUGAGGCGGCGGGUGUGCAUGAGAGUUAAUAGAGCAAGGAGAUAUGAAGAAUGACUGCCGUGUUACUGUUAGAUGAGGAGCUGUUAGACCAUGAAAGACGGUUGCGAUCAGGUACGAAAUAGAAAUGUACACCGUACCUUCCCUG